AUGUCAUCACUCCAACUUCUAGAAUGUCCUUCGUGCGGCAAGGGCGGUUUCAAGGACCAUGUUGCUGUCGCUCAACAUAUGAGCCAACCUCGCUCUGGCUGCAAUACUUGGCUGCAGAAUCUGAUAUGCUUGGAUGAACUGAAUAAUCCCGUGAAUAUGGACGAGUCAGACGACAGAGUAAAUAAUUCUGACAUGGAGUCCGGUGGUUUUGAAAAUUGGGAUGAGGUGUUCCAAGGGAGUAGAAUGGAGGACCAGGUUCAUGACGAGCGAACACCAACUCGCAAUUCGGAAGUUAUGGACUCAUAUCCUGACUGUGCACAAUCAUACGGCAGGGGCUACACGUUCCUGGACUUAUUCAAUACGGACGAGAACAGCAAACACCAUGUUACGAAUCCAUAUUAUCCUUUCAGUGGCCAGAGAGACUGGGAGGUUGGGUCAUGGUUGCUUCGCUCAGGGUUAAGCAUGGGGAAGAUAGAUAGUUUCCUUUCGCUCGAGAUGAUAAAGACCCUUCUGUUGUCGUUCAGUUUGGCCAAGGAACUACGCGGAAGAGCGGAAAUGUUACCCAGUGGUCUAUGCUGGAUGUCUCAAACAAUACCUACAAUGCAUCCCAUGAAAUCGCCUGUUGUCUUGUAUUGGCGUGAUCCCUUAGAUUGUGUUUCAAGUCUUCUCAACCACCCUGCCUUUCAUGAUGAGCUAGACUUUACACCUCGCAGGGUGUAUACCACUGCGCAGCGGCUGUGCCAUGUAUAUUUGGAAUGGAUGACCAGCGAUGACGUGUGGAAUAUGCAGUCAGCCCUACCAAGAGGUGCAACACUGCUUGGGACCAUUUUAUCUUUUGACAAGAUGAAUAUAUCGACCAUGACGGACGACAGAGUUGCACACCCCCUUCUAGUUAGUCUUGCUAACAUAUGCAUGUCCACGCGACUCAAGUCAUCUUCGAAUGCCUUUGUACUCACCGCUCUACUUCCUGUCCCAAAAUUCAUCCAUAAGAACAAAUGCAUGCUAGGCGUACUUGAAGAUCGCCUCAUUCAUGAAUGCUUGGAUAUCGUUCUACGUCCACUCAAGUUGGCAGCUCAUGAAGGGAUCAUGCUUUCAGACCCUGUUGGGCACAGUUGCCAUUGCUUUACACUGCUCGCAAGCUAUAUUGUUGACACCCCGGAGGCCAUGAUGCUGGCCGCUGUUGGCAGGAAAACCUCCCCAGUCACUACAGCCAUGUACAAACAGUUUGGAGAACCCCUUUCGUCAUCAGCCUCGCACAGGAGCAACUACACUCUCCCAGCUGGACAUUGCAUGGAUGAUCCAUCGCAUUUUCUAACUCCCAAAUUUCUUCACCUCAUUCAUCGCGAGUUCUACGACCACAAUGUGAAGUGGCUCAUUUGUGCAGUCGGGCAUACAGAGAUUGAUUUUCAGUUUUCUGUCUUGCAGGCGAUCACCGGGUUCCGUCAUUUUCAUGGCGGAAUUUCAAAGCUUAAACAGGUUACAGGACGCACUCAACACGACAUCCAGCACUCGAUCAUUGCAGUCAGCGCAGACGCAGUUUCUAACACUGUGAUGACUGCCAUACGAGCUCUGAUGGACUUUUGGUACCUCGUACAAUCACCCGUAAUUGACGACACCCUACUCACUCAGAUUUCCAUGGCCCUUGAAGAAUUUCACUGCAACAAAGAUGCAAUUAUCGAGGGUGGAUUUCAUUGUGGUCAGCAUGGCGGAGUCAUUGAGAACUGGUACAUACCGAAGCUAGAGCUCAUGCAGUCGAUAGUUCCAAGCAUAAGGAAUACUGGAGUUCCUCUGCAAUGGACUGCUGACACCACGGAGCAUGCGCACAUAACGGAAAUCAAAGAUCCUGCUCGCUCAAGCAAUAACAACAACUAUGAUCCCCAAAUAUGUCUCCAUCUUGACCAUGCUGAUAAAUGCCGCCACUUUGACCUUGCUAUGAGUCUGCUCAACAAUAUGCCAGACUCAAAGCAGCACAGUUCAGAUGUAGAUGUCGAUGAAAAUGUUGAUUUCGAUGCAGACAACAAUCACGAUAUCCCAAUAGACCUUCUGGCAAUGAUCAAAUACCCUGGACAUUCACGUCCAAUCACGAAUUACUUUGGAAUCGCCAAGUUCCUCCAGUACAGGGAAAUCAGGACGGUCCCUAUGCCAUUGCCCAUUGCCAAUUUUCUUCGUUGUGAGGAUACUCAUGGGAGAGAUCAUGUCCAUACUAUUGGGGGGGCUAGAAGAGCUGGACCUGCUGCUUCACUUCCCUUUGACACACUACAGGUCUGGUUUAAACUUCGGCUGCAGGACACCGAAUUCCACAACAUUAACAUCAUACGGCCUGUGCAAACCCUCAACUGUGCACCCCCUUCUGAUCCCUGGACCUCUGGCCAGUAUGAUACAGUUAUCAUUAACAAUGAUGCGGGAUGCUUAUGGCCCACAAGUGGUCUUUGUGGUCAUACUAUCGGUCAAAUCAGGCUUAUCAUGUGUCCUAUUGGAAAGAGUGGCACGAAUUGGUCAUGGAAGGACCGUUUUCUGGUAUACGUGCAUCACUUUGACAUUGUUCCUCAAAGCUCCGGCACCCAUGAUCGUGAGCCAAGUACACAGCUCCACUUGCUCAAACGAGCAAAAUGCUCAAAUGGUACUUGGGUGGGUGACAUCAUACCUGUGACGCAGCUUAGAUCACCUGUGAACCUUGUCCCUCACUUCGGUGCAAGUGCAGACAACUGUCUCACCCCGUAUAACAGCAUGGAGCAUGCUUCACAAUUUUGGCUCAACAAGUAUUGGGACAAGAACACGUAUCUUCCUCUUUCUAUGUAG